CAUAUUUUUGGACUGUUGGAUUCUCCAUAGCCUAUAAAAGCCCAUCCAGGCUCCUCUGUUAUUACUCUACACAACUUCUCUACUUAUUCACAUAGACUUGAUACUCAAAAUACUUAGUAAAAAAAUCUUUAUCUGGUCACUGUUUCUUGAUUUAGAUCACUCAAACUCAUCAACUUUUGACUUGUUUUAGCUUCUUGGUACUUGUAAGAAUUAAUUAAGGUCCACUUGAUUUUUUCCUUUGUUCCAAUUUUAAAGAGUGUCUUGUGGGGGUGGGGGUUGCAAGAAAGUGCUGAACUUUUUUUUCUAAGGAAUAUGAUCUUGUUGUUCCAGGAAUACAUUUUGUGGAAAUUUAUUGUAAAACUUGAGACAAAGUUCAGUGUUGCCAAAAGCUUUUAUUUUUGGAUUUUCCAGAUUUUCAACAGAUAUAGCUGUGUCACUCAGCUAACCAAAAACAUUGCUUCUGAAAAUUUCUUGAGAUCUUGUGUCUGCUCUGUUGUAUAGCUACUUUUGGAGAAAUUUCUGUGUGUUUUUUUAGGACUUGGGAUAUUAUACAUCAUGGCAGGUGCAUCACUGCCUCCAGGAUUUCGGUUUCAUCCAACUGAUGAGGAAUUGGUUGGAUAUUACCUGAAAAGGAAAACUGAUGGACUUGAAAUUGAAUUGGAAGUUAUUCCAGUCAUUGACUUGUACAAAUUUGAUCCAUGGGAGCUUCCAGAGAAAUCUUUCUUGCCAAAGCGUGACCUCGAAUGGUUCUUUUUCUGUCCUCGGGACAAGAAGUACCCGAAUGGCUCGAGAACUAACCGAGCAACUAAAUCUGGAUACUGGAAAGCCACAGGGAAAGACAGGAAAGUUGUGUGUCAUCCAUCAGUUGUUGGCUAUCGCAAAACACUGGUUUUCUAUCGUGGAAGAGCUCCGCUUGGGGAUAGAACGGAUUGGGUAAUGCACGAAUAUCGUCUCUGUGAUGAUGUUUCCCAGGGCACUCCAAGUUUCCAGGGGCCUUUUGCACUUUGUCGUGUCAUAAAGAGAAAUGACGCUUCACUGAAGACGAAAGAUGUUCAAGGAGUUAAGCAGGCCGGAUGUAGUUCAACAACUGGAGGAUUCAGUUUAGUAAAUGAACCAAUUGCUCUUUCUGAUGAAACGCCAACUCAAAGCGCACACAUGAGCAACGACAGCAAUUACUCGACUCCUAUUACUUCUCCUUAUCAGACAACACAAUUAGGAGAUUAUGAGUGUGCAGUGGGGGGUAAUGCUGCAAACCUCUGUAUGUCCCCUGAUAUGAUUCUUGAUUCUUCUAAGGAAUGUCCUCAAGGACAGAAUGCAUUUGGUAACGGUCGACAGUAUGACUUCACAAACAUGACUCCGUGGCAACCUAGUGAUCAACAUGAGUUCACAUCAAAUUCAUCUUUCCCGAAUUUUAGUGGGGAAGUUGAACUUUCUGGUGACUUAAGUAGCUUUGGCUGCAUAUCUCCUUACUCGAUUCACGGAAGCUACGUGGGGUUUUAUGGCAACGAGGACAUGACUUAUGGAGGUUUUGAUCAGAACAACCUCUUCUGAAAACGAAAAGGCAAAAUUUAUAUUGCAGAAUUUGGGAGAUUUUUAUUGGUUUGUGGUCAUAGGAAGAUAAUAUGAGUACUGUGAUGUAUAAAUCUUCUAUGGAGGAAGAGUUCAAUACAACUAAGUUUGGUUUUGAAAUAA